AUGCUUUCCCAAGCAUCAACACUAAACUUCCGACACCCAACCCGUGAUAUCUUCUCAUUCCGCACACUGCAUCAUGGCAACAACCCAACUAACACGCACACAAUCUCUCCCCGCCAGAACAAAGACUCGUGCUUCACCUACGUGCACAUGCACCGCUCUGGCGAUGCUGAUCUCUUCGAGGACUUUUGCAAGGACAAGCUCCCCGACGAUGAGAUCUACGUCCCGCCUCAGCACCGCCCCAUCAACCCAGAGGACGAGGACGAUGUUGUUCCUGAUCAACACGCGGCCUUUGGAAUCCAGCGCGCGACGCAGCGUGUCAAGGAGCCCGCGUGGAAGGAUCUGGGCCUGUCGGAUCUGAUGAGACAGGGCCCCGGGCCAGAGAGCAGGGCUGGGCCCAGCAGAGCGCCAAAGGGAUUGCCGCGGUAA